GGGGACUUGGUUUCUCUCUUCCACCAAGUCUGAAAACAUACAUAAUGUAUCCUCCUCCGCACCCAAAUAUCAGCUACCGAAACCAGGACUCAGAUGCUGCAAUACGCCUAACUGAUUCAGACGCAGCUCUUGCAAGGCUUUCAGCAGUGAAGAAGGGAUACAUGCAGGACCCUUUCAUCAAACACCUCAUUCCUCGUGCGCAUUUGCAGCCACCCAGACCACCUUUAAUCAAUAUAGGCACGUAUGUACGGUCAGAGGCAAUAGAUAACCUCAUCGAUGAGUGGCUUGAAAUAUCGUGCCAAGAUGGAAAGAAAUGCCAGCUUGUAAGUUUGGGAGCUGGCAGCGAUAGUAGAUUUUGGCGGCUAGCUACGGGACCCCAUAAAGAUAAACUGGCAGCAUAUAUUGAGGUUGAUUUUCCUGAUGUGACUACCAAGAAAGCCAUGGCGCUACGCAAAAGUAGAGAGCUGAGUGCCAUCCUAGGAUCACCAGAGCAAAUCAAGAUAUCCCAUGGUGGCACCGCUCUUCAUGCCAAAAAUUACCAUCUUCUUCCGGUGGAUCUCCGUCUGCCACCCUCAGAAUCCCUCGCAACCUUCCUGGCUAAGCCUCUAUCCGAUAACCCAUCUAAUCCAAUACUCUCCCAUUCGCUGCCAACAUUAUUGAUCUUCGAGUGUGUGCUGGUUUACAUGUCCCCAGAAGCUUCUUCUGCUCUUAUACAAUGGUUCGUCGAUUACUUCCAUCAAGGUUCAAGUUCAACGGUUGCUGGUGGGCACGCACCACUGGCGGGUAUUGUGUAUGAGAUGUUCGGAUUGCGAGAUGCCUUUGGGCAGGUUAUGUUGAAUAACCUCAAAUCUCGAAACGUUGUUCUACCAGGAGCAGAGCCGUAUCCAACAAUUUCGUCUCUUCCACACCGUUUCCUGAAGCAUGGUUUCACGACAUGUCAUGCACUCUCGUUGCGCGAAAUACGGAGGCAUUAUACAAACCACUCGGAACUAAAACGGAUAUCGAGCCUUGAAAUGCUCGAUGAGGUUGAAGAACUUAAUCUUGUAUUGGAGCACUAUGGCAUUACUUGGGGUAUCAAGCUUCCCGAUGCUUCAGACGCAGCGUCAAACUUAAGUUGGGGGAAAUGGGGUUUAAAACCUGCAGAGAAGGCCUCCGAAGAAAUGGAAUGAUGAAUGAGCGAUGUGUCGAGCUGCUGAAGACACCUUGCAGCAUUCCAGACAGACUAAAGGCAAUUCUAUAUUGGUUGUAUAUCUCAUAGCUUCUUUGACACCUCAAUACUGAACGCCUCCACGCUUGUCUUCACGUUUUGAGCAUAAAGAUAAAGAUGCGCGGAUUGCGAUUUCUCU